UUCGCGUGUCGUUGAUACAUACGUCCGUACACAUACACACGUAUACGUACAUAGGCACACACACACACACACACAUAUAUAUAUACACUUUUUUUCUGCUCCUGCUCCUGCUCCUGCUCCUCCUCCUCCUUCCCCCUCCCCAUCGUGCGCCCGUCGAAAUGUCCACGAUCCGUCUCGUUCUCGACGGAACGGUAAGAACGAUCGAGAUAACGCGAGAAAUAGUUGGAGGCGAUACGUUUUUGUUUUGUUUCUGAAUCAAGGGGGAGGGGAAAAGGGAAAAAGAAGAAAGGAAAAAGAAACGCACAUAUAUGAUCGAACGUACGAACGAACGGUUAAGAUCGGUUCUUUUCGAAACUGAAGUGAACUUUCGUUUCUUUCCACGAUGAAACUUUUCUUUUUAUUUCUCCUUCCUCCUCCUCCUCCUCCUCCUUCUCCUUUUCUUCCCUUUAUUUAGUACAUACACGAUCACUUCGAUUACUCGCUCGAGUGGGAUUGUUAUAUCGAAAUAUACAAAUUUCGAAAGAAAACUUUUCUUUCGGACGAGUGGUUAACGAUUAAUUUUUACGAGUGGUAAUUUAUAUAUAUACACGUCGUACGCGAAGUGUCGAUUGGUUUUUGUUCAAAAGUGAAUUCUCGAAAGAAAGAGAUAUAUACAUACAUAUAUACAUAUAUAUAUACAUAUAUAUAUAUACACACGAGAUUGGUGGCGAGGACAAACAUUGGGACGAGGAGAGUUUCCUAGAUCGCACACGACAGCACGAGGAACGAAAAACGAGGAACACGUGUGUGCGUAACGAUCUCUUCUCUCGAUCUCUAGUCAACUACAACAAUAAGUGCGCGAAUUGUGCGGGACUCUGUUGUUCAUUCCUUCGCUUCGCGAUAAUAAUAAUAAUAAUAAGAAUAAUUAUAAUAAUAAUAAUAAUAACAACAACAAUAAUAAUAAUAAUAAUAAUAAAAGCGUUAUUAACCAACGGGCUCGAUAUAUAUAUAACCGCGAAUCGAAUAGAAUAAAAACCACGACUAAACGCCACGGGAUAAAAUAAUAACGUAACGAAAAAUAAAUAAGCAAGCGCGAAGAGAAAAGUGUGUACAUACAAGAUCGACGUUCGAGACCACGUUAUUUACUAUUACUUUACUGGAUAUAAUAUAAACGAUAUGCGAUUGUGCGAAUUCGAGAACUUUUUGUGUCGAGGUGAAAGGGGAAGGAAAAGAAUUUCGUUCGGAUCCUCGCCACUUGGAGUUCGUAAUCAAUCAAUUUCGAAUGAUGAUAAAUCAAAGUGACGAUCAAUAAUAAUAAUAAUAAUAAUAAUAAUAAUAAUAAUAAUAAUAAUAAUAAUCAUCGAGAUCGAGGAAAAGAAAUGGCGGCGACUUCCCAACUCAGGGAUAAUUAUUGAGGGACUCUCCGCGAGGGAAUGGAUUUUCAGAGCGCUAUGGACACGUUCGUAGAGGCAUGGAUGGCUGCAAACACGAAAACGGAUCAAGUACAGAGCCAAGCUUUGGCAUUGACACACAAGGCCUCGCCACCUUCGAGGCCGAGCAGUGUGUCCUCGUUACCGAGGAGCCCUCAGUCUCACCAGUCCCAACAGUCUCAGCCGCAGAAUGCUACGCAACUUCCGCCUGUGCAUCCUCAUCAAUCGCAGACACCCCUGAGCACACCCCAGACACCGUUUUCCGCGCACAAUCAACACCCCAAGCAAGAGGCGAACACGAGCCCCAAACAGGAGGGGUUCGAUCUCAGCAAAUCUACCUCGAGCACGGGGAAAAAUCUUCCGGUCCACUGCGUGGUCGAGACCAUACACAAUAUCGUCGAGACGCACGUGAGCAACUCUCGUGAGAAUUGGCGUAGGCCUCAGGUGGAGACCGACUCGUACGUCAUCAUUCCAGUGGCUAUGCCUUUCCAGGAUCUGGUGGGGGAGGCUCUGGUGCGGCUUGGAUACUCGAGCGACUUGAUACCAAGCGCGAGGGGCAGUAUCGUGAUAAGGAACUGGAAACCUCUGCCGAUGGAGAAAGUCGCGGACGGCCCGCUGUUGACGGUGGGCGACAUAUUGGCCGAGUUGACGUCGGUCGCAACGCUCAAGAUCCAAGUGUACAGGUCGAGGCCACCGCCCCCGAGUCCCGCCGCCGAGGUCAGGAACAAAUUGUUGAGACUCUUGUUGCUACACAGCCACGCGCUUCUCGUCUCGGCCGGUUGUCCCCUCGACGAGAUGACACUAUUAUCUCUAUGUAGAGGCGGGAACGAUUUAUCGGAAGAAACUAAACGAAACUUCGAGUCAUGGUUGCAACAGCAACAAUUGGGUCUAGGUUUGAGCCCAAUGGUGCCAACCUCGAAUCAUCACCACACGCAGAGCCCUCAGCCGGAUGGUGGCGGUACCAUAGGAUCUGCAGGUGGCACGAUUGGCCCUCCUCAUCCUGCUCUUCUUCAGUACUCGCAUAAAACAAGGAUGAGAACGAGUUUCGAUCCUGAACUGGAGCUACCGCGUCUUCAGCGAUGGUUCGGUGAGAAUCAACACCCGUCGCGUCAACAGAUUCAACACUACGUCUCGGAAUUGAAUGCCUUAGAAUCUCGGCGAGGCAGGAAGCCGUUGGACGUAAAUAACGUAGUCUACUGGUUCAAGAAUGCAAGAGCCGCCCAGAAAAGGGCUGAGAACAGAGGUGUUAAUGGUUACAGUCCUCCUGGGCUCAGCCCGAGAGGCGCCAGUAUUGUCAGCGAAGAUUGCACCGACGAGGAAGAGGAUUCGAGGAAUCAGUCGACGUCACCAUCUCCCUGUCCACCUGGAAGCCCACCGGUCGGUCCAUUGUCGCUCACGACCAGACCAGAGGAUCAACAACCUCCACCUACGACACCAUCCUCGGUAAAACAAGAGGAUGCAAGGGUAUCUUCUGGUUCUGAGGACGACGAGACGAGGCCGACCGGUCCUCUGCCGCCUGGAUUUUCUCUGGUGCCCAGUUCUAUGUUCGGCCAUGGGAUAAUGUACAUGUCACCUUAUCUACCGCCUCGUGGACCAGCUGGUUGUUCGACCAGCAUGUUGGACGAAAGGAGGAAAAGGAACCGGACGUUCAUCGAUCCCGUGACGGAAGUGCCCAGACUCGAAGCUUGGUUCACUCACAAUACUCAUCCCAGUCACGCGUUGAUUCUGAAAUACACGGAGGAGUUGAACAGGAUGCCGUAUCGGCAGAAGUUUCCUCGACUGGAGCCGAAGAACGUGCAAUUUUGGUUCAAGAAUCGGCGGGCCAAGUGCAAACGUUUGAAAAUGGCGUUGUUCGAGGGUGAAUCGCCCCAACCGCAUCCGUAUCACGCGGACUAGCUCUCGUCUCUUCGUAUAACGUAAAAAGUAGGAGCAACCGAGAUGUCGCGAGAUGGAAUGGUCAUUUAUAAUGCCAGGGGGAUAAGGAGGGAGGAAUAAGAAGAAAAAAUAAAUAAAUAAAUAAAUAAAUAAAUAAACAAAAACCAUCGUUAAUCAAAACCUGUUAUUUCUUUAAUAUCGUUGACUCGCGACCAUAUUCGCCACGGUCGCACUUUUGUUGUAAUUAAUUCGCGUAAUAAUUAAUAUAAUAUGGACCUUAAUAAGUGUACAUAUGAGAAUAUUGUCGAAUAAAAAGUAUACGUCACGA